AUGCGAUACAGUUUAAGACACCUGCUGAUCAUAGAAGUGGAAAUCUUCUGUCCCAGGUUUGGAGGGAUUUUCCCAGAAACUCACUAUCCCCGGCUCAUCCAAACGAUUCUCAAAGAUGGUGGCCUUCUAACGCCGAUCAUUACCCGGUUAGCAAACUACUACUUCUUUGCGAGAGGACUCGGGGCAGUUUUUGGUCCUUACACCCAGCCCUCAGAAGCCGAAUACUGGGACAUGUGGGCCGCGGUCCGAACAAAUGACGGAAACCUCGUGUUAGACAGUAUUUUACAGUUCAUCAACCAACGGAAGCAGCACAGGGACCGAUGGGUUGGAGCCCUGAAAGCCACCUCUGUUCCCCUGCAUCUGAUUUAUGGGCCCCUGGACCCCGUGAAUCCGCAUCCCGAGUUCCUUCAGCUCUACAGGAAAGUGCUCCCGAUGUCGACCGUGUCCGUCCUGGACGACCACAUCAGCCACUACCCCCAGCUGGAAGACCCGCUGGGUUUCUUGAACGCCUACAUGAGCUUCAUCAACUCGUUCUGAACUGCA